GAAGCGCAGUGCACUCAUCGCCUCGUUACGGUGGUGCUUUCUUCUCGAGACCACGGAACAAUGCCAUUUCAGCCAUGCGGCCAUCGGGGGGACGAAACAGCAUCUGCACGUAUGGAGCCUUCAAGAGGGACUGCUGCUACGGAUGGAAGAGGAACGAACGUGGAAUAUGCCAACCUAUAUGUGAGAGAUCUUGCGGAAAACAUGGAACUUGUGUAUCAUAUAACCGCUGUAAAUGUCAUCCCGGAUGGUUAGGAGAAUAUUGUGAAGCAGAUAUGAACGAGUGUGCUGUACACCCCUGUGAGCAUCGCUGUAUGAACACUGACGGUUCUUAUAAAUGCUAUUGCGAACACGGAUACAUCAUCAUGGCCGACGGACGGUCGUGCAGUCGUGACGACAGGUGUUAUUCCUCACGGUGCCAGUUUGGUUGCAUCCAGUACAACGAUGGCUUCAACUGUUUCUGUCCAGAAGGUCUCAAGCUCACAGAAGAUGGCCUUGGAUGUGAAGAUGUUAACGAAUGCGAGGAAGGUUUAGCGAAAUGCCCACGCGGUCGCCGAUGCGCCAACACAUACGGAAACUACCUUUGCCUGUGCCCCGAAGGAUAUAAAUAUCAAUAUGUCAGUGGAAAACUAACGUGUGUAGAUGAUAAUGAGUGCCAAUCGAACAGGGAUAGGUGCAAUGUCAACGCUAGAUGUGAGAAUCAACCGGGCGGCUUCGCGUGUGUCUGUAAUGCUGGCUACAUAGGAACGGGAGAGCAGUGUCUCACGCUUGGUCGUGACACCUGUGCGCAGAACCCCUGUUUCGAAGGCGUUAGGUGCAAUGACCUCAGGAUCAAUGUGAACACGUUGGACUACACCAGCCAGGAGGAGGCCAAGAGGUAUGAAUGCGGCCCCUGUCCGCCAGGACAUGUCGGUGAUGGCGUCACCUGCGUAGCUUCGAACGUUGACGUCACGAUCCUUGUCCUGGAACAGAUGGGGGGCACACCCGUGGCCGACGUCAAGGUCCGAUCCCUGGACGUCACCAACGGCGGAACCGAGUUCGCUCAGGCCUUCACCGGAGCCAACGGCAUCGCCAAGCUCCCCGUCCCCAACGACGCCAACAUCGUGGUGGUGGCCAGCAAGACGGGACACCCGACCGCAUCGACCACCUUCAACGUCCGCAACAACGAAAAUAACCUAGUGACCUUGACACUGACCAGGCACAACGAUGGAGCAGAAUUCCCCUACCCUCAACCUCGACCUCGAACCUUCACCUUCACAGACCCUAACACACCCGAUGGACAACUCCAGGUCGAAAUACCAGCACGUGGUCUGAAUGUUUCUGAAGGAUCCACGAUCAGCCUGAGUGUAAGAACCGUUGAUGUGAGCAACCCUCAGGAUGUACGAAACGUUCCCGAGCUUGCAACUCAAGGUUCCGGUCCGGCUAGACUAGAGGCUUUGGCUGUUGCAGAAAUCGAGCUUACCGAUUCAAAAACCGGAGAGAAAGUUGAUCUGACCGAAUCAGCUACGAUACGUAUUCCUCUGUCAGACCGAUUUGAACCACGAAUGGUUGGCUCAACCGUUCCCGCUUGGUACUUCAAUGAAGCUAUCGGUCUAUGGGUACAGGAUGGCAUCGGCACCGUUGAAGAGGACGGCCAGGGGGGCCUUGUGUGGGUCUACCAGACGGAACAUUUCACCUGGUGGGCCGUGGGUGACAUCUGGCCUGGCAUGCAGCUCGUCACCAUCAAAACCUGCUUCACCGAGGACUGCUCCGUCGUCGCACCCAACACCGGCAUUCAAUUGUGGGGCGUAGACUACCUCUAUGAAGCCAACUUGAUCACCACCAAGACCGGUACUAUUGUAACAUUCGUGAAGACAAAUGCUGCCAUCAGACUCAUCCACAACUGCGGCAGCGAAGAGUCCGAGGAAUAUAUCAUCGUUCCCGAGACCGUCGAAAUAGUUUACAAGGUUUCAGAAACGGUCAACUACGCCUGUAAGGACCCCGGUCAAGUCACGGAAGGAGUCCGUCAGGGCGACGACUUCUCCUUCGGCGCCGAAGUCACCUACUUCUGCAACCCCGAGUACAUGCUGCACGGAAGCUCGCGUCGGGUCUGUACCCCGUGCGGCGAAUGGAGCGGAUUCCAACCUUUUUGUGAGACCGAUGUGACCAUAUCGUCCAUUUCAUCGCUCGACAGCAGUAGCACCAGCACCAGCAGCAGCCCGGCAGAGCUGUACACCAGCGAGCCUGAACUGUCGGGAGACGGCCCAUUAUAAUUCUUCCGAUGAAUAAACUAUCAUUAUUCAGACAUAAAGCAGUAAUUAGAUAAGAUAAAAUGAAGCAGAAUGCUUUGAAUUCAUCACUCUAUAUGGAAGCAUUUUAAUGAUCAAAUAAACAUGAAUUAUUAGUUUCACCAAAACAAAAAAUUAACACAGAAAUACCAUGAAACAGGGGAGUUGGUACAAAGAUUAUGCUCUCAGAAAGUUAUGGGAAUUAUUUUAUUGUAAAAGGCAUAUAAAAGUUUGUUGUAGAUAGUAUUCUCUUUUUAUUUAGAAUGAAUUUUUGUCUUUAUUGUGCUGUCUUUCUUCUUAUCGAUUGUUAAUAUGUAUUUUGUUAAAACCAUGCACUUCAUGAUGAUUUCAUAUAUGAUACCAUGGUUACAGUUGAUGCGAGGUGAAAUUGUUUCCCAUAUUCAAAACAAAUGUGAUUACAAGAACUCGAGCAUUAAGCGAACACAAUACGUGGAGGGUAAUGCACUUUCAUUUUGACAGACUUCAAGGAUUGUUUGAAUAUUUAUGUUUCAAAACUGCUCAUAAAAUAUAUUCAAUGGCAUAUCAAUUAAUGCCCUCCAAUAUUGUAAGUUGGGGGAGACCCGACAAGUUAUCUUAGAAAUGUUGACAAAAGUACCAUGCAAUAUCUGAAUUUAUUUAAAUUUUGGGGGAAAUAUAGGAAAGAAAGUACCCAUGAUAAAAGAGGAGUAUGAUAGCAACUUUGGCUAGUGUUACCAAACGGGACGCGGGCACAUCGUAAAAUGCGGGGGUGAAUAAUAUAUUCAGUUGUUGCUUAUAUUGUUUUAAAUUCAUCUGAAUAAUUAUCAUCAUGCUGCAUCGGGUGACUGUUGUUGCAAGGGCUUUCGAAACAUCACCACAAGGCAAUAGACAGUUUUCGUAAUGUAAUCAAUUGUAAUGCAUGAAUCUUUCUUAAGAGCCUCGUUACAAGUGAUUUCAAUCACCUGCUACGAAUAAUUUAAUUUCAACAGUCAGAAUGCGAAUGGCAUACAUUACGUGUUAGGUAGGCCAAGCCAUAAUUUUGGUCCCACCUAGCAACAAUUAAUGUAUCCAAAUCACAUUCUGACUAUUGAACUAAAAUUAUUCGUAAUAGCAUUGUACAUCAUUUCUUGAAAGUGUUAAAAAAACUUGUAAAAUCUUCGUUGUUGUAGUUGUCAUUGUAACGAAACGAAAAGAUUGUAUCAUCUUGACUACGCUAUAUCUCGACCGAUUUUUUCCUUUUUAUUGAAAUGUUCGUAAUACAUAUAAUGAAGUGUAUAUAUCAAUGGUGCUAGACGGUGCUAAACAUGACGCUAAUAAUUAUACCCUCUCCGAACUUGCAAUUUCAUAGAUUUUCUGGAGGUUAUUCGUACCGUGAUAAUAAUGUGAUGAUAGUGUUUAAAAAUGUUCCCAAUCGUGCAUUCUCCUAUGCAAUUGGUUUCCGGCGCUUUCUCAAUUUCUACAAAUGUAAGCCUCUUCCAGCAAAAACUUCCUAUCUAAAUGGGCCGAAAUUACUCUCGCUUUAACAGUGUGCCUUAUAAUAUGAAUAUAAUUACUGAGCUUUAGUCAGUUCGAGAGAGCAAGCUCAACUCAUGUAAUUUGUUGAUUCUGAUAUUCUCUUUAUGUAAAUAAUUAUGUUUAUUCUAAGAAUAUGACCUUUGAGGGUCGGUCGAUGACCAUCUCAAUGAAUUUCAAAUUAGCUCAUGUAUAUACUUUUCUUUCCUUCCUAUUUAUUAGGUUACAAAUUUAUGACUAGAACAUCUAUAGGAGCACCAUUCAAAAAAGUGCUUCGGCCGCAUUCCGCUAGAGGGCAGUAUAUAGUCAUAGCAUUUGUUUCACAAUCCCGCGUGUUAAUCCGAAUGGCGGUAUGGCGGUUGAUCCCUAUAAAGUGUGCUCGCGGACCGGCGGCCGAGUGAAUACGAAAUGUAUGAAGCCGAAACACGUUCGAAAGCAGUGCCCUCUAUCAGCUAAUGAUGUCACGUAUCACUACAUUUUAAGGGAAGUGCAUGAUGUAUACCUAAUUAUAAAUUUAAAUUUUGUUGGACUUUACAUGUAGAUAGAAUGUUCAUUUGUUUGUAUAGCAUGGCAGAAAGCAGUAUGUAGUCUUGGGAUGAGGUUGAGGUAAUGUACAAAAUGAUUUGCUUCAGACAAGUAAAAAAAAUUAAAGAUAGAAAGCUAAAUGUAAUUAUGUGAAUCCUAACGAUCGUUUUAAUGUAAUAAAAAGAAAUAGACCAAAUCUUUCAAA